CUGUAUAAAUUCCAUUUACGACAAAUAUGUCAGCGCCCAUACAAAAAAAAAUCAAAACAUAUUUUAUGUAAAUUUAAAGUAGUCAACGUGAAUAAGUUUUGAUCUCUUGUCUGAGUUAAACACAACAAAGAAGAUGGAUUCAACAACAACAUCCCCUAAGAAACUACAGAAGAAAAGGACUCAGCAAUACUCUAUGUGUUUUCUAUACAACACUGGAGAGGCUAUUGCCAAGUUAACAGGACUGACUGUUGCUACAUGUAAUCCCUCUACAGAGAAAGGCAAAGCAACAACAUUAAUUGAUGAGACUAAGGAGGCAACAGUACAACAAAGACCAGAUUUUACUACAGUAUCGGAAAAAAUGUCUUGUAAUUACUGUGAAGCUGACUUUGAAUCAAGAGAAGAACAGAAAAGACAUUACAAAUCAGAUUGGCACAGAUAUAAUCUGAGACUAAGAUUAAAGGGACUAAACUCUGUAAAUGAAGACCAGUUUGAAGAGCUUUCAGGAAAUAUAUCCAGUUUAUCUGGCUCCGAGUCUGACAGUGAUGAUGAUGACAACCAUGCUACAAGUAAACCUAUUGGAAUGGCUGCCAGGUUUCAGAGGAAAUUAGAGGUCAUAGGAACAGGAAGUAGUACAGACAGUGACACCGAGGACAAUAUAAUGGAUGACAGAGCUCGCAAAUAUCCAAAAAUAUUUCUUAAAAAUUCACUGGGCGAUCUAAUAUCUCUAUACAGAUGUGUUGUGUGUCACAAAAAGGUUACUCCAACUAGCCAUUCAGAUUUAAUGUCCAUGGUAACAGACAUUCCAAUGCAUAUGAAGUGGGCAGUCAUGAUGUCAAGUGGAGGACAUUUUGCUGGAGCAAUAUUUGAUAGGGAUAACAUAAUUGCUCAUAAAACAUUUCAUCGAUACGUUGUGAGAGCUAAGCGUGGUACAGCACAGAGUAGUAGAGAUAGUCAGGGUAAUGCUCCUAAAUCUGCUGGUGCUGCUCUUAGGAGAUAUAAUGAGGCUGCUUUACAAGAGGAUGUCAGAGCGCUGCUUACAUCAUGGGAUGAACAUAUUAAAUCAUGUGACCUCAUUUUCCUUAGAGCUCCUAGUUUUAAUAAGAAGAUAUUUUUCUCUGGCAAAACACCACCAUUAGAUAAAAAAGACAAGAGAAUUAGAAUGAUACCAUUUCAGACCAAACGACCAACUCAUAAUGAGGUUCAAAGAGUUCAUCAGAUGCUUGCUUCAAUAGAAUCAUAUGGUGAGGAAGCAGGGAUACAGGACUUCAUUCCUCUUUCCCCACAGCUGACAUUUAGUGCAGACGUUGGGAAGUUAGUUAUUGUUCCAGAAGAUAUCACAUGCUCCCCUCGACAUAGAAAAAGUAGGGACAGACUAGGUACUUCUCCACUGACUAAACAAUAUGAAGAAGAUGAUGAAAUACCUCGAGAAAAGGGACAAACGAAAAUGGGCCUUGACUAUUUAUUAAAAAGUGAAAGUUUUCCCACUUCAUCUGGAAAUUCUACAGCAAGUGACUCAGAAUUAGUAGCAGUUAUGCAGACGCUUAAAACAGACCAUCUCAAAGAAUUCGACAUGUCCAAGAAACCAAAAAGGAAGAAAAAUACCAGAAAAAGAAGACUUUCCCUAAAACAUCAAGUGGAGCCUGGAACCAAUCCGUUGGAUGAAGAGAAAUACCACUUGAAAAACAGUUUAUAUACAGCUUGUAAAGUUGGUGAUGCAGACUCCCUUCUUAAUCUUCUAGCUGUUUUCAAUGUGUCAGACAAAUCUGAUGAUGAAGGAGGUCAAGGUGAUUCAAAGGUCAUAGGUGAUAAAGAAAUUGUUGUUAGUGUCGUAGAUGGAGAAAAUGUAAUACAGGAAACUAUGGAAGGAAUUGUAAAGUCAGACCGUAAUUUUAAUACCAGUGGAAGUGAAAUACAAUUUGAUAUUGAUAUAGAUGAUGUGAAGGGUCAAGAUACUAAUAGUUUGACCUUGGAAACUGAAAAUGUUAUUCAUAAUGAAAACAAAGUGGACCCUCAGUUGACUAGUGAUAAUCAUAAAAGCACUAGGACAGAAAAUACUGAAAAUCAGGAAACUAAAAGCAAAGAUAAGAACAUUGAUAACUUCAGUGAAGAUCUACCUAAGAAGCAAUCUGAAUUGACUUCUGAAUGUACUGAACAAGUGCAAGAUGUUGAAAAUGUGUUUGUUGAUUCAGUGAAUGAAAAAUCCAACAUGACUCUUAAUGUUAAAGAAAACAGUCGACCAGCAAGCAGAGACGGGAGUCGAUCUCGUCACUCCUCAGCCACUGAGGUGUUAUCUCCUAUAAUUGUAACUUCUGAGUUACUGAAUGAACCAAUAGGAGACAGUGAGACAACUCUACUGAUGAUAGCAGCUAAAGAAGGUCACAGGAAACUUAUUCAAAUGUUGAUGAAAGCAGGAUCAAAUCCAGCUAUCAAAGAUAAAUAUGGUCAGACUGCAUACCAGUUAACAUCAGACAAAGAGACCAGGAACGAAUUCAGAAGAUUUAUGGCCAAGUGUCCUGAAAGAUAUGAUUAUGAUAGUGGAAAGGUCCCAGGGCCACUAACUGAAGAAAUGGAGGCAGAAAGAAGGAAAAAAGAUGCUGAAAGAAAAAGGAUACAGAAGAAAGCAAAACAGGAAAGAGACAAGGAAAAGAAAGCAGAAGAAGCAAUACAAAGAGUUGAAGAAGAAGCAAAGAAGAGAUUUUUAUCAAUGCCAGAUAGGGAUAAGAGAGCCUUAGCAGCUGAAAAAAGAAUCCAGCAACAGAAAUUGUCUGAAGGAAUCCAGGUUGUAUUAAGUCGAUGUUACCAGUGUGCAAAGGACAUGACAGGAAAAGUUCCAUUUGAAUAUUUUGAAUUUAAAUUUUGUUCUCCAAAAUGUCUGAGAGAACACAGACAGAAAACUGGAAAGAGCUAAAAGAAGAUAUCUUGUAGAACUUUUAUUUUCAAAUUUUUGUGUCUUAACUGCAUUGUUCUUUGUUAUAAAAAUUAGAUUUGUAAUUAUCCGGUACCAUGUGUACAAAGCUUUGUGGUAUAAGUUAUUUUAUUAAAUUAAAAGUGCCUCCUUAUA